GCUCCGCCGAGCCCUCUUGCGCGACUGGGCAUCCCGGCACAGCGCGGCCCAAGAGGGGGCAGCCUCGUCUCAGCCUCGUCUCGGCGGCACAGCGGCCUCGCUCGCCGCGCUGCGGGCCGGCCUCCGAUGUCGCUGCCGAGCGUCGGCAGGACCCCGCCGCUGCUGGUGCGGCCGCCACGGGGCCCCGAUGGCCAUGCUGGCAGGGGGCCCGCCGGCGCGAGGUGGGCCGAGGCGGUGGCCCUCUUCGAGAGGUCCCUCGACGCCGGCUCGCCGGGCGGCUACUCCGCGGCGGCGGUGGCGCUCGGGCGCGCGGGACGCUGGCGGGAUGCGCUGCAGCUGCUCGGCAGCCUUCGGGGGCGAGCGCUCGCGCCGGGGCUGGCGGCGCUGACCUCCGCCGCGGCCGCCUGCGAGCGGGCGGCCGCCUGGUCCGGCGCCCUGGCGCUGCUGGCCGCCGCGGCAGCGGCGCGGCUGCGGCCGGACGUGAUGCUCUUCAGCGUGGCGCUCAGCGCGAUGGAGAAGGCGGCGCGCUGGCCGCUGGCGCUGGCGCUUCUCGGGUCCAUGGCCAGCGGCCGCACGGCGCCGAACGUUGUCAGCUUCACGGCCGCCAUCGGCGCCUGCGGCCGAAGUGGCGAGUGGCCUCGGACGCUGGUGCUGCUGGCGCAGAUGCUCAGCAGCGGCCUGCGCCCGGACGCGGUCUGCUGCGCCGCGGCCGCGGCGGCGUGCGAGCGAGGCGCGCAGUGGAGCAGGGCACUUGACCUGGUGCUUGAGAUGCAGGCGGCGUGCCUGUGCCCUGGCGUGGUGGGCUUCAGCGUGGCCAUCUCCGCGUGCGAGAAGGGCGGUCUCUGGCGCGGCGCCGUCGCGCUCCUGGCGCAGAUGCGCCGCCGCCGGCUGGCGCCCAACGCGCUCAGCUGCAACGCGGCGCUGGCCGCCUGCGAGCGGGCCGCGCGCUGGGCGUCGGCCCUGCUUCGGUAG